CCAAAUUAAAAAAUAUUAAAUGAAGACCAAGUAACACGUGGCAGGAUACCAUUGGUGUAAAGUCAAAUUAAGUCAACUCCUUGGAUCUUUACAGAAAACCCAAUGUGUAGUCAUAAAUAAUUAUACUAAAUUGGACAAUUUUAUUAUUUUAAUUAAUUAUUAAACACAGCUUUCUCUGCUUCCACCCCAUUUGUGAACCUUCUCUAGGCUGUACGAAUUGUGUGAUGAUCUUUUCUCUCUCACACACUACACCCACUCACAUACAGAUGGAUACACACAUAUACACACACAUAUAGAUGCCGUCAUAAAUUUUCUUCAAUAAUUAAUUACUCCCAUAUUUAUUCUGUUGUCUCAUUCAGAAAGAAAGAAACUGAUGAACUUCUGGGGUGGCAUUAACAAUGGAAAAGAUUGAAUCUUUAUUGUAAUUAACCACCCCUUAAUUCAUAUACAUAUUUAUUAAAUUUUUCCCUUCUUUUUUUUUUUUUUUUUUUUUUUUUGGUUUCUUCUUUUUGGAGGGUUUCUCUAAAUAUUAGUUGUUUAAUUCGGUUCUCAUUUUGAUCAGAAGGAUUCUUCAUGUGCAGAAUGCUUACGAAACAAUCUAUAUGUACCAACGUCAACAACUUCUUUUUAAUCCAUUGCCAUGGAUUACACUAAUUCAAGAUCCGUAAGAUUCCACGACGAUAUUGAAUUUCCGAAAUAUCCAAUACCCAAGGUCGAUAAUAACCCGAUUAAAGUGGAGUACAAAAUCAACGGAAAACAAUCGUUGAAAGCCAAAGUUCUUUCCCGAGUAUUCUCGGAGGAUUACGAAAGAGUCAAGAAAAAGAUACUCGAUCCUCGUGGGCACACAAUUCGGAGAUGGAACAAGAUUUUCUUAGUAGCUUGUCUAGUGUCGUUAUUCGUCGACCCUCUAUUCUUUUAUUUACCAUCGGUAAACGACAAUUAUUGCAUAAACAUUGGAUUCACUCUAGAGGUUGUCCUGACAAUCAUAAGAUCAAUAGCCGAUGUAUUCUACACAAUUCAAAUUUACAUUCGAUUUCGCACCGCCUACGUGGCGCCUUCUUCUCGAGUCUUCGGCAGAGGAGAGCUCGUAAUCGACUCCUCGAAAAUUGCAUCGAGGUAUCUUAGGAGAUAUUUUUGGAUCGAUGCUAUUUCUGCCCUUCCUCUUCCUCAGGUGUUGAUUUGGGUAGUUAUUCCUAGCUUGAGUGGAUCGACAAUGACGAACACGAAAAAUGUGCUGAGAUUCAUUAUAAUAUUCCAGUAUAUUCCGAGAUUAUUCCUUAUAUUUCCGCUUUCGUCGCAAAUUGUCAAGUCGACUGGUGUGGUUACGGAAACUGCGUGGGCCGGUGCUGCGUAUAAUUUAAUGCUUUACAUGUUAGCGAGCCAUAUUUUAGGGGCAUCUUGGUAUCUACUCUCGAUCGAGAGGCAAGAAGCUUGUUGGAGACAUGCGUGUAAUCUCGAGAGUAAAUCUUGUCAGUACAAUUACUUCGAUUGUCGUAGUGUUUCGGAAAGUAGGAGAAAUGCCUGGUUUUUGUCGAGCAACGUUACGGAACAGUGCAAUCCCGAUAAUGCCCUUUAUCCGUUUGGUAUUUACGGAGAUGCUGUUUCCGCUGAUGUCACUUCCGCGGAGUUUUUCAACAAGUACUUCUAUUGUCUGUGGUGGGGUUUAAAGAAUCUCAGUUCUUUGGGCCAAAAUCUUGCGACAAGCACAUACAUCGGAGAAAUAUGCUUCGCGAUAAUCAUUGCAACUUUCGGGCUAGUUCUGUUUGCCUUACUUAUAGGGAACAUGCAAACAUACCUUCAGUCAACCACGGUUAGAUUAGAAGAAUGGAGAAUCAGAAGAACAGAUACCGAACAGUGGAUGCAUCACAGGCAACUACCCCAAGAGUUACGGCAAUCCGUUCGGAAAUACGAUCAAUAUAAAUGGGUUGCCACAAGAGGUGUCGACGAAGAAGUUCUUCUCAGAGGACUUCCUUUAGAUCUCCGUCGAGACAUUAAACGCCACCUGUGUUACGAUCUUGUUCGACGGGUCCCGUUGUUCGAUCAAAUGGACGAGAGAAUGUUGGACGCGAUAUGCGAGAGGCUAAAGCCGGCAUUAUGCACACAAGGCACGUGCCUAAUGCGAGAGGGGGAUCCGGUGAACGAGAUGCUAUUCAUAAUCCGAGGGAAUCUUGAUUCGUACACCACUAACGGGGGCCGCACGGGUUUCUUCAACUCGUGCCGUGUGGGGCCCGGCGAGUUCUGUGGGGAGGAGCUUCUGACGUGGGCCCUCGACCCGCGUCCGAGCGUCAUCCUCCCCUCGUCCACCCGUACGGUCAACGCCGUCUCCGAGGUGGAGGCUUUUGCUUUGAGGGCGGAAGAUUUGAAAUUCGUGGCGGCGCAGUUUAGGAGGCUCCAUAGUAAGCAAUUGAGGCAUAAGUUCCGAUUCUAUUCGCACCAAUGGCGGGCUUGGGCGGUUUGUUUUAUUCAAGCGGCGUGGAGGAGGUACAAGAAAAGGAAGGAUUUGAACGAGUUGCGGGCGUUGGAGAGGCUAGUGGCGGGCGAGAAUGGGGGCUCGCCGGAUGGAGGAGCGGAGGGAGCGGCGGCGGUGGUGGAGAAGGGUGGAGCUGCGGGUGCCGGUGGUGGUGGUUCGGGAUUUGGUGUUUAUGCGGCGAGAUUGGCGGCAAGUAAGAGAGGGGCUCUCAAGAGUGGUGGUUUGGAUUCCGGUGGGGCCGGGCGGCCGUUGCAGAAGCCGGCCGAGCCGGAUUUUUCGGCCGUAGAGAAUGAAUGAUUUUUUUAUUAUUUAUUUGGUAACUAUGUGUGUUGGAUUGUGUUGUAAAAUAUAUAUAUAGAACUGUAUGAUAUAUAGAGUUAAUGAAGGACAAAGCCCAAUUGGUUGGUUUUAUUACCAAACUGUCUUUGCAUUAUUUGCUAUAGAAAAUUGUAAUCAGCGAUUCUUUAUUAUUCGGAGAAUGUGCUAAAAGCGUACUUUAUAGUUAGGGUAAAUUACAGCCAGCCCCUUAGGUAUUGUCAAAUUACGAAAACGCCCCUUCUGUUUGGGUAAUUACAACUACCCUUCAACUGUAAAUCUUCUUAAACGUCCACGCUUGAUGUUUUAAAUUUAGUGGAAUCUUUUAGA